AUGACCCCUUUAAACCUUCAUAUGCAUAGGAUUGGAAGCAGAAAGGGUCAGAAGCUGUUAAAGUACUAUUGUCCUAGUGAUUUGACUGACAAUGUUUUAUACAGCAAAUACUUCACCGAUAUCAAAUCUACAAAGCAUCAGACGACGGUGUCGUGGCCUGAUUUAAUACACGAGCACUUGUUUGAAGAGAUUCAUACUAAUCUUAGUUGUUUGUCAAAUGUGAAGGCUUGUGUGCAAUACCUACUGUUAUUGUUUGCUGAACACACGCCAGCAGGAUUAAUCCCGAAAGUUGAGAACCACGAGGAAGAUAUCCCGAGGGUUGGGAGAUGGGAUAUAUACCAGAUUUCUGAUUACAUUUGGAAAACAGACAUGACACAGUUUUCGCUUGAGAAGCAGCUGGGUAUAUCAACCGUGGUACCCAGCAAGGACGACCUGCAAAGUUGGCUGAAAGCGCAAACUAUUGAGAAUAGCCAUCUGAAAGAGCAACUGCAAGAAAAGCAAGCAAUGCUUAAAGCAGUGUAUGCAAUUGCAAGAGAAGGGAUAUCAGAAGGGGACCUUUCAGGAACAGCGGAAUUCAAGGUUCACAAAUUUAGUUGCCAAAUUAUAAGAGAGUUACAAUUAGUUGAGACAGAGCAACAAGGAGAUGGAAGUACUGAGCAAGAGAAAGAGAAAGAUGACGCGGAAACUUCCUUCCAUGAAGAAUUUCCAUGUAUGAGCCUUGCAGCUGGAAAUACGCCAACAAUUCUGCAAGCUCAAACUGCUGCAGAGGGGCACAAAAGACCACUCAGGACAUAUAGUUCGAGUAUGAAGAGUGUGACAACUUGCAAGACUCCACCAAAGAAAAGGCCUGUCGCAAAGCAAAAGCCCACUCCUACAAAUAAUGUUGAUGAGGAGCAGAAGAAAGAUGUUGAAGAGACACCUGUUACGGAUGAGGCACAGAAGAAAGCUGCAGAUGGUGGAGUUGUGGAUGGGGCAGGUGAUGAUGUAGCUGCAAAAGCCGUAGGUGAUGAUGUUACUGCAAAAGUCAAUGAGGAUACACCUGCAACUGUUGGUGACGGUUUGGUUAUGACUGCUCCAACUCAGCCAACUCCUGGAACUUUUGAUGACAGUUCUGCUUCAACACAGUUUGAGGACUCCAUGGUGAUAACUGCUACAACACCGCAAACACAGCCUGACAAUGCUCAGACCUACAGGUUGGUGCAACUAGGAGCUAACCCCGAUGAUAUGACGAAUGUUGAAGUGAGUGAAAUGAUAGAUGAGAUCGUCAGCAACAUUAACAAAACUGAACAUGGACCCGCAGUGACGGAGAAUGCAGAACCUACCUCAACUGCUACAACGCAGGAAAACGUUUUUAGCCUUGGAUUAGAAAAAACUCCAAAACCUGCAGGAGAGUUACUGAAGGAAGCUGCGAAUACAAUAAGAGAAAGGCAACCAUCAUUCAUACAACAACGUAGACAUUACUUGGAUGGAACGCAAAGAAGAUGGUAG